AUGGAUGCCAGGAGCACUGUGCUAGUACCUUUCGGAAUCAGCAAUGCACAAUACAAUUCUCGCACUGGGAAUAAGAACCUUCCAAUCCCCUUUGGCCUUCGAAUGCAGCAGCGAAUUUGCACAUUGAAAGAACUUACACAACUGUCUUUCACCACACCAACGAUCAAGAGAUUGCACGUAUAUCCUCCUAAUGAAAAAUCCUUAGCACACCACAAAAGAGACCCUCGUGAUACAGAACGAGAACAGAUGGGAGCUGUAAAAGAUACUCGGAGGAGCAAAGUGAGACCGGCCACAGGCAAGGAGAAACGUGAUCGCAGAUCAAAGAUCACGCCUAUGCCGUACACUCCAACGCGUAAAAAGAACACGCAGCCUAUAGAGUCUUCAAGGCAGUCGAGCAAAGCGAAGAAGACACAUGAGAUUGGUAAGCCGAUGGGCGCCUCUCAAGAUAUGCCAAUUCCUGUCCCAAGCGACGACGAAUCUGCACCAGCCAGAAACUUGGACGACAAUACAUCGAUUUACAAUCCAAGUUCCUCUCCAGCCACCACAAGCAAUUCUUCGCCAUUGUCAGACCUUGACCGGUUUCUUUGUGAAGUCCGCGAGCCAGCACCGCCACAAUCAAGACAAUGCAUAUAUCCGCCAUUCGGCAGCAGGCAUCCACCAUUCUUUAUCUUGCGAAGAUCGGAUUCAGCGCCGAACUCACAGUUGCCAACUGUCGCGUCCAGAAAACAUACUUCUGUACGAAGGGCAUCAGCCGCCAGUACUUCAUCUGUUGCACAUCCUGGUACAAAGCAUGGAUCUGAGCAAGGAGUGGCGGAAAAAAAAAUCGAAAAGACUGCAAAUAACAAUGCGUCCGCACUGCGAAAGCCAGCAAAGCGCCAUCGAUAUCGGAAUGAACCGAGCCCCAAUGAGCCACUCAUUUCUGCAUCCAAGGUGAGAUCCAGUGAUUUGAGUUGUGAUACCUUGCGCCGUAUUGACCAUCGCUGUCCGGAUAUUACACAACCUAUAAAUCCACUAUCGCUUUUAUCGCCCAACGGGGCCGUACCAUCUGCACCGUACCGGAGCUCUCCAAAUGUUGAGCCCAACCUUUCUCGGAGUCAACUUGCUGCGCCCAAGAACCCAGGAUUGCCCAGUCAGGACUGGUUCAUUGAGGCAGACAAUGCACAGUGUAAACCCGAACUGACCCUAGCCGGUAUAACCGGCUUUGACACGCGAAGCAAGGUUGCACAACUCAUGGCAGUAGCACCUGCAUUCUCGGUACAAGAGCUCUAUGAUCUUUUGAAAGACUGCAAAGGUCGAUAUACACAUGCGAAGGCUCGCGCGCUGCGACCCAGCGACGCCCGCUCUCCAGCCCUGCCCAGAUCGAUAAGCGAGGCAGACGGAGAUGAGCUCAAGGUGAAGAUUGAUCCUAAUGAUUCGUUUCUGGAGUGGGAUCUUGAUGAACCAGAAGGCGCAAGGCCUGCAUUAAAAUCUUCAAAGUCGAGAUCGCAGAUGCAUAGGAAUGAGUAUACGCCCAAUCCACCCUUGCGUCUGUCGUCGUCGUCAAGAUCGAGACCAGCUAAACCAGCUAAACCAGCAAGACCUGCAAAAUCUGCAAAAUCUGCAAAAUCUGCCUCUCGGCAUACCAUGCACGUAACGCCUCAUAAAGGAACAAUAACAAAGAAGCCAGGCAGCUCACUGAAGCCCGCAUCGCAAAUGCGCAAAACAAGCCCCGAUCGUGAUUUCGUCGUUCCCGACAGUGAUGGGCCAGAUACAAUCCAGCCUUCUUGCAGCUACACUGCCUCCGAGAACAGUGGUGAUACUAGCAGCAGCAGUAGUAGUAGUAGUGAAAGCGGAAACGAACCUGUAGCGUAUCAGGAUCCGAUGGAUCUGGAUAUCGAUAUGCAACCCAGAUAUGCGUUCAAUGCGGAGUUGCUCUUCUUAAGAAAGAAGGGACUGGGAGCAUUCAUUUGA